GCUGUAGCAGCAACAACAGCAGCAGCAACACAACAGCAACAGCAUCAAACAACUGGCGCACAGCAGCAGCAGCAGCAGCAACAGCAACAAUUGACGCCGCGCAAGAGCAACAUUCACGAGCUGCGCAAUCAGGACUAUGUUAGCCGCCUUAUGGCUGCCACGCCCCCAUAUCUAUACUCAGCGCCCGUUGGCCCCAACAAUUAUUUCUUUAGCGACAUGCUGCGCUCCUUGGUGCAGACGCGCAACAACGAAACCGCACGGGUAUUGCAGCUGCAACAGCAACAACAGCAACAGCAGCAACAGCAGCAGCAACAGCAACAACAGCAGCAACAACAACAGCAGGCGGCAUUAGUGCGACGUUCUCGUAAACGCUCCUGGUCACACCGGCCGUACUACGAGCAACUGCGCGAACGACGCGACGCCGAGGAGAAGCAGCAGCAACAGCAGCAGCAGCAACAGCAGCAGCAACAGCAGCAGCAACAGCAACAGCAGCAACAGCAGCAGCAACAGCAGCAGCAGCAACAGCCACACUCAAACAGCGCGGCAACAACUGAAAAACCGCUGGAGUUAACCAAUAAGUCAGCUGCCACGCCCACACCGACACCCACAACAACGCCCACGCCCACAUCCACAUCGUAUGGCUACAGCAAGCUGGAGACGAAAUCCUUGACAAAGGCCACACUGGGCGGGGCUGUGGACAACAGCUUGCUGGAGAAUACGCCGCCGGCAGCAUCUUUGCCGCCGCAGGAUUUGGUGUUGCCACCGCCGCCGCCAGUUUGGUAUCCACCAUUGUAUGCCCCGUAUGGCAUCGAUCCGCUGCACUUCUUCAUCGAUCUGCGCGUCUCCGGGCACAUUUACGAUCGCAAAAAGGAGAAUGUCUCGCCGCUGUCCAACAGCAACAUGUUGCCGACAGAGGAUACAGCUGGCGCAGCGGCGGCAGCAACUGGUGCUGCGGCUGGAGUGGCUGGCGUAGCUGGUGGAGGCGGUGGAGCAGUUGCUGGCGGCAUUGGUUUGGCCAGCAGCAACAAUUUGUUGAGCAAACAGCGUCAUGGAUCCGCCUUCACCGUGCCCAUACCCAAGUCAGCGCAGCAGGAUGCCAUCAAUUUGAGUGCCGCAAGCAGCUCGGCCGGCAUCGGUGUUGGUGCACUGAACAAAUUCGAGCACUAUGCCAAAUACUAUGAUCUCGGCGAGAGCAAGGAGAACCAACCGGCAGCAACAGCUGCGGCUGCCGCUGCUGCUGCUGCUGCAGCAGCGAAUCUAUCGAAAUCCGGUGCCAGCUAUAUGCUGCAGCAUCUGCCACGCCUCUACAGUCAGUUUGCCGCACAGCAGCAGCAGCAACAGCAGCAGCAGCAGCAACAGCAGUUGCAGCAUCGAGAGACGGACACCAAGUCAGAGUCGGCAGACCUGUGCGAUGAGGAUUCGCUGGGACGGGGCUCCAGUGACAUUGGGGGCGCUUUGUUGGAGACGGAGAGCAGCAGCCUGCAGCACGAUCGGGAUAUCGAUGUUGAGAUCAUUGAUUCCAUCAAGUAUCGCACAGAUGGCGAGAGCAGUCGCUGCUCCAGCAACGAUGAGGCAUCCGUUACCCAAAUCGACUAAGUUCACCAACAUUUACAGCCCAAUAAAAAUCGAAUUCAAAU